AUGGCUGGUCAAUCAUUUGUAAAGAUAUUAGGUUUUAGGAUGCUAAUAGAGUUUAUUUUGGUACUUUUAUUGCAAACCGCUAACAUUAUCACUAACCUUUGCACCAUAAACGAUUGUGUGACCCUGGUGUUCCCGCAACUCAUCCAGGAGGGACUCACUCAACAAAAUGCCGGCACAAUAGUCAGUUCCCAGAGCAUAGCCAUGGCAAUCAUCACAUUCACGGCCGGCAUAUUAUCGGACCGGUUAGCCGCCAAACACAUGGUAUGCUUCGGUCUCAUCGUAUGCGGCGUAUCCACACUCCUAUUCAGCACCGGUACUACAGUCACCCAAUACUCCAUCUACUGGUUCUUGAACGGCUUGGGACAGGGGUUCUCGUUGCCAUCCCUACUGAAACUCACCAAAGAGAACAGUAGUCCCGUGCGGUUCGCCACCAACUGGUCAGUCGUACUAAUCAGCGUAAACUUUGCCGGUGUGUCCAACCCGUUCAUCACGGCAUACCUGUCCCAGACGUACUACUGGCGCACUUCAGUGAUCAUCAGUGGCGUACUGACCCUUAUGGUCGCCACCCUAUGCCUAGUAUUACUGGAAACCCCUGCGAAGGACGCUUCAGGUGUUGACACAAAUAAGCAGCAAAAUAACGGCAAUGAUAAACAAAAUGAUAAUACCCGGGUCAUAGACAUACUCCAAUAUCCUUUGCUGUGGAUGUGUAUCAUAAGCAGGUUCGUAGUAGCUGUCAGUCGCCAGGGUGUCAGCGAUUGGUCUCAGAUAUAUCUGGUGUCCGAGCAGCACCUGGAUGUGUAUAUGAGUAGUAUGUUUAUUAGCUUGGUGGAAAUUGGCGGUAUUUGUGGUAAAUUAAUUGCCGGUCGUAUCAGCGAUAUGUUACUUAAGCGUAGGCUCGCGGCUACCGGUGCUCACUCGGGGGCGGACCAGUCGACACUGAAACUCAUGGCCCGCCUACCGGUGUCUAUAGCUAUGUUAUCCUUCAACGCGUUGGCCCUACAUUUGUAUUGCUUUCAUAUCAGACAUAAUACGAGUCUACCUGUGCUGGCGAUCACUGCCCUAUUAAUAGGCAUUAAUACGUCCGGAAAUGUGGUCAACCUAUCGGUUAUCGCCACUGAGAUUAGCCCCAAAAGGGCCGGCCUUUGCUCAUCACUAGUUAAUCUCGCGGCUAAAGUGGGUGGCAUAUUUACUGGACUACCCCUAAGCCUAAUAGCAAAUACCUACUCGUGGAACAUGGCGUUUAUAUUAAUUGAGAUAUAUGCGUGUGCAUGCAAGUAA